AUGAAUACACCUCCAGUACCUUUGACAAGUUCAUUUUCAGUUUAUCCUUGCAGCAAAUGCUACAAAGAUCUACAGCAGUGCGAUUUGACAUUGCCAAAAUGCAGCCGUUGUGCUGCAAAUGGUUUCGAAUGCGUUUACACAAAAACAGAACCCAAAGCAAAUCAUGUAUCGCAAGUUUUAAAUACUAUGAAUAAGGUUAUGGAUCAAUGGCAGGACUCGCUAGAUAGAAUGGCCAAAGAUUUCGCGCAAAAAACGAGAGACUUUGGCCAGCGUGUAGAUCAAUCAUUCAAGAAAAAACCUUUACAACCAUUCGAUUGGAAAAUCACAUCAACAAAUAAAGGCCUCUCUGUAGAGAGUAAUGUGAAUUCUUUUAAUGAUUUGUCCAAGUUAGUGGAUCAGUUCAAAAGAACAAUGCAUAUCUCACCGCCACGCGGUAGCGAACAAUCUGAACUGGAAGAAUUUGAUGAUGAACGUCAUAGGAUGGCGAAAGCAGCUGAGCUUGAUGACACCAGCUCCAUCCACACAUCAUCCGGCUUCUCAUUUGGUGUUUGGAAUUCCUGGUCCCACCCUAGUCAAGAUCCACUUGACGAUCACCCCAUAGAUAUCACUCAAGAGUUAACAGAUAGCUUAGUUGAAUUAUAUUGCCGAACACCAUGUUGCUCCUCCGUUCGUUUACCUAUAAUCGAUACAACUGAAUUUUUGACGCGCUAUCAUAGCCCGGACCCAUCAAAGCGUCCUUCUACUGUACUCAUUUACGCUGUUUGUGCCAUGGCUGCACGAGUGGCCUUUCAGAUACAUGUCUGGAAUAAGCGCCCAGCGCUUGAAACUCCACAUUACAACAUUGGUAAAGCACUUUCAGUAGCAUACUGUUUGAAGGGACGUGAAGCUUUAGCAGAAUGCUUCGAUGAGCCGACAAUUGAUAAUUGUCAAGCAACUUUUCUUUUGUCAUACUGUAAUCAUCAAAAUGGGUAUUCAGGCGUUAUCUAUGUAUAUGAAUGGAUCUCAUUCACUAUGGCACAGGAGCUAGGUUUAUACGAUGAAGGCCGAGUUCUAAAUACAAGAGAAAGUAUCCUUGUUUGGUGCUUGUACUAUUUCAACACUUGGCAUCGAGUGCUACAAGGUGUGUCUACGACGUCAACGGAAUCGAAGCAAUUUCAUCCUAGUUGUCCUCUGCCGCCGCCACAACCUAAACCUCACUUUGAAUUCAUGGACGUCGAUUUAACAGAACCACCGCCUGAAAUGAUAGAUUAUUACGUAUAUACGGAAUGGUACUGCUUAAUCCAGCUACAGGUUUUGCGACACGACGUUAUGACCCGACUUUUACAAGCACAGGCUCUAGGCAAACAAGACACAACCUUAGCGAGGGAUUUAUUAGCAAUGCAAGAUAGACUACAGCAAUUUUAUGAUACAUUGCCCAUGGAGUGGAAGAACCCUGAUUUGGAAUCCAUUGCUCUGGAUCAAAUGGCGCUGGGUACGACUUCUUGUUACUAUGAUGAUCAGCAAAGUUAUCACUUAGAUAUUCAUGAAUUUGCAAGAUUUUGUAUCCUCAGUGUCCAUGUUUACUACAAUAUCAACAAAAUUUUGUUAUAUCAAGCAUUUUUCCCAUCUGACCAUAUCCCAACUUCGCAAUUCUCGCUUCAGUGUCUGUAUACAUGCGUUGAUGCUGCUUAUGCUAUUACUCAAACCUUAGAUAUCAUGGUCAAGCACGAAGAUGAAUGCAAUAUACCCUUACUUGGUUUCUUAUUUGCUAAUAUGGUCUACGUUAAAUUAUUGAAUUAUAACAGUGACCAGUAUAGCGAGUUUGCACAAAGGUGCUUGGAACAAUCAGUCAAUGUGUCAAAAAUGUCCAAAGCGUAUCUAUAUGACUUUGAAAUGACCCGCAACCUCGUAGGUGUAAUGGAAAAGGACUUUCUUAAGCAUUGUAAAAGCUUUAAUUUUAGUUGA